UCUUAUGGCGGGAAAAUGAAGUCUUCUGGCGGGAAAAUGGAGCAUUAUGGCGGGAAGUAGGCAAGGAGGGGUGAUGACUGAGAAGAUGGGAGUUGUUCCUUGGACAUGACGAAAUGUGCGGCGACUAUGACGAUGAUAACAUCGAUGAUGAUGAUGAUGAUGAUGAUGAUGAUGAGACUGAUGAAGACGGUCAUGGUCAUGGUCAUGAUGAUGAUGAUGAUGAUGGGUCUGAGGAAGAUAAUCAUGUCGGUGCUGCUGAUGAUUAUGUUGUUGAUGAUGAUGAUGAUGAUGAUGAUGAUGAUGAUGACAAGGACAUACAAGAGCAGAGAAAUGGAAGAACGAAGCUAAAAGCCGACGCUGAUGAUGAGUAUCUCUAUGACGACGGCCAUGCCGGUGAUAAUGACGACGAUGAACAGCAGCUGCCGCAGCAAGAGGAGGAGGAGGAGGAGGAGGAGGAGGAGGAGGAGGUGGUUGUAGCCAUGGAUAAGAAUCGACUGACGAAUGAUACAAUGCACCUGACCACUCGGCACACGGCACGGCAAAAGGAACGAGUGCAUCUGCCCACCGAAGGUGGCAAGAUACAUUCGUUUGCUAUGCUUGCAAGUCUGUUGGUUGCUCUGUUGGUCCAGGACGUGCUACAACUGUGGACUUUGGCCCAGGGGGCCAAGUUUCCUCGAUUCCCGAGUGUUUUCGGAGAUGUGCGGUUGAGGAAACUCAACGAAGUUUCUGCAUAUCUCCACAAACACAUUCAGGGCAAUGCCCCAGAACUGGCGAGCGCCGUUCUGGCAUCGGACAACCACAGAUCCUAUGAACAUUACAGCAUCAGAAAAGCCUACAGCGGCCCCGACGUCAAGAGUCUGUCUAUAGGGCCACCGGACCCGGUUUCCAGCAGGCUCGACAUGCACAAUAUCCCGAACAACGAUCGACAUCCGUGCUUGUACCACCGAUCUGGUGGUGCGUGUCAAGCAUGGCUGGACAACAUCUUGACCAGCCACGGCGUAGCAGUGUCGGAACUGCACAGCAAGCUCACUUGGCAGGAGUUGACCGACGCCUGGCACAAGCGAUUCCAAGUGGAGCCGCCCGACCUGCAAGCGUUGGACAAGCUCAACAAGCUCCAUCAGAACACGCUGCUCAGUCAGGACUGGAUUACCGAGUUCCAAAGACUCGCCUCCACACCUGACCUGCCGCUUGCUUUCCGCUCCAUUAAGCACUUGUUUAUCAUGCGCUCGUGUCCAGCUCUGCAAAACGCGCUGACGCAGAUUGCAGAGACACUCGACACAUCCGACAAGCUUUUCAGCACCGCGUCACGGAUCAUUCUCACGAAUAUCGAAGCCCGCAACGCCGGCCGAUCUUCCGCGACGACGAGCGGCACUCAGCCCAAGCCAAAGGUGGCUUGCAUUACUUCUACCGAGGCUGCAACACCAAAUGAGGGUGAAGUGUUGGCAGCUUCCCGGGAUGGUGGCCGGCCGCGCAACAACCAUGGCCGCGACAAGACGAAGACUCAGUCCACCUCUACACCGAGCACCCGAUCAGCCGCCGACGAACCUUGGGCACAAUACGGACUGUCGGCGAAUUCUUAUCGCACGAGACUCGAGUACCGUUACUGCCUUUGGUGCAACAACACCAUCCACGAUGCUGCACAUUGCCCCACCAAGGGGAAACCCCACGAAGUCGCGGUGGGGGACAUGCUUGGCUACGUUGCCAAGGUGGCCCGCGAGUUUGUCUCGCAACGGUACGAAGAAAACAACGCACUGUUGCUCUACGUUCGCAUUCAGAUUGGGCAAGCGGCCUGCAACGCUUUGCUAGAUUGCGGUGCAACUCGCAACUUCAUCAGCCAGUCCUUCAUGAUUCGGGCUGGCCUUGGCGCACAAGUACGGAGGAAGUCACAUCCGACGACGGUCGCUCUUGCCGACGAUAAGACGAAACAACUUUUAGACCGUUACAUCUCGGCUGUCCCGGUGUUCUUUGCACCGCACGCAUGUGAACCCGUCACUUUUGACGUGUUGGACACCGACUUCGAUGUCAUUUUGGGGAUGCCUUGGCUUUAUAGCGCGGACCACACGGUCAAUUUCCAUCGACGCACGCUCACGAUUCGUGAUGCAACUGGCGCCGAGGUCCCGUGUACUAUUCCUCCUCCUCGCUCUUCCAUUAGGUGCCAAGUCGUGAGUGCCAAAUCUUUUGGAGACGCAUGCCGUUCCGAGCAUGUCGAAGAGAUUGGCAUCGCUUUGCUUCGAACCGUCCCGACGAUCGAUUCAUCGUCCACAAAAGUGUCUUCCGACCCCCGUGUGACCCGGUUGUUGGACGAGUUCUCGGAUGUUUUUGAGACACUCUCCGGUAUAGUGCCGGACCGGUCAAUCUCUCACGAGAUCAUACUUGAGGCCGGCGCCGUGCCACCGAAAGGAUGCAUUUAUCGCAUGUYCGAGGAGGAGCUCACGGUUCUUCGUGCGCAACUCGACGAUCUACUCGACAAGGGUUGGAUCCGCCCUAGCAGCUCACCUUACGGUGCGCCCGUUCUCUUCGUUCGGAAGAAGAACAAGGACCUUCGACUUUGCAUUGACUACCGACGCCUUAACGCGCAAACCAUCAAGAACGCGUGGCCUCUACCUCGCAUUGACGAUUUGCUUGAGCGGUUGGGCGGCGCGAAGUACUUUUCGAAGUUGGACCUCAAGUCGGGCUACCAUCAGAUUUCCAUCCGCCCGCAAGAUCAAAACAAAACCGCGUUUAAGACGCGAUAUGGGCAUUUUGAGUGGGUAGUUAUGCCUUUUGGCCUCACCAAUGCCCAGGCCACCAUGACCAUCGAGUUUCGCGCUAUGUUGGACCGCUUCGUUUUGGUCUACUUAGACGACAUCCUCGUCUAUAGCCGAACUGUAGAGGAGCAUCUCAAGCACCUUCGCCGUGUUCUAGAAACUCUUCGGUCGGCCCGGUACAAAGCUAACCGCGACAAAUGCGAGUUUGUCCGACAAGAGCUUGAAUACUUGGGUCAUUUUGUCUCUCCGGAAGGCAUUCGUCCGUUGGCGGACAAGAUUCAAGCCAUCCAGGAGUGGUCCGAGCCAAAGAAUGUGACGGACGUCCGAUCCUUCCUCGGCUUGGCUGGUUAUUAUCAGCGCUUCAUCAAGGGUUACUUGAAGAUCGCGGCCAACCUAAGCAAGUUACAAAGCUAGGAGCGGCCUUUUGACUUCGACGACAACGCGCGCCAUUCUUUUGAGACACUCAAAGCGACACUCUUGUCCGCCGAGGUGUUACAUAUUUACGACCCGC